AUGAAUGCGAGGCAUCUUCUUCCUAAUUGCCACCAGGACCCAGAUGCUUCGACGCUGGUGCAGCUAGAGCAUGCGUCCUCGCGAACGGUCAUAUCGGGUCUUGGCCUGCAGGCUGGUGCCCGGGUCAGAAGCCCAACCCUGACACUGGCAGACUUUCAGAAGGAAUCAGCGAGCUGUUACGAACGAGGCCCAGAGCCUGAGCAUAGUUGGGCGGUCGUUGACUCCCAUCUGCAUGCACGCCCUUUUGGUGGGCCGCCAGUUCCAUUUGCGGAUCUGCUGGGGAGACUGAGGAGGGCUGGCAUCCUCUUCACAACACUCUAUGGCAUUGGCCAACGCCUGCCAAUAGAUUCUGCAUGUACUUACUACUUGGACUGUCCAGGAGUGAAUAUAACGCCGAGCUUGAAGAAUGAUUUCUUCAAUGCACAAAGCGUCCUAGACAAUGCCAAGAUCCUCAGUGAUAGCCCCGUCGGCCCUGUGAUUACCCUCUCUAUGUCGUUCUUCGACCUCCACAAUGUAGAUGAAAUUCUGUACAAGAUGAAGCUCCUUCAGGGGGAGUUUCCAUCAAUGUUCAAGUGGGUCGGCGAGAUCAACUUGGUAAAGCAGGCUCUGUGGCCGAAUAACCAAGGCUUGCCUGUGCCCCUCGAGUCGAUCAAGACAUGGGGCCCGUUCAUGGAAGAGCUUCGCCAACAGGACAUCCCCCUGUCAUUGCAUGCAGACUUGGGAGAUGACGCAGAUGGCCAGAAGUUUUUGCCUUUGAUGGACGAAGUACUAAGACUUUACCCGAAAAACAAGAUUAUUUGGAUGCACCUUGCCGGGCUUUCUCGCCAGCUGGAUCCUAAGCUCUCUGCCUCAUUCCUCCAGCGGCCCACAUCCAUUGAGGAUCAUGUGGAGCUCAUCCAAAGCAGGCUGAAGAAGUUUCCGAAGCUUAUGAUCGACCUUUCCUGGGAUGUUCUUUACGACGAGAUCUACAAUUCUGCAGCCGAGGAGAAGCCCUACAUCAAACUAAUCAAUGACUUCCCGACGCGAUUUUUAAGCGGAUCGGAUCAUGUGGCAGCAGCUGUCAAGACAGAGGAGGUGUACAGGCUGGAACUCAACAAAACCAGCGAAAUCUACCGGCACUUGAGCAACGAUGCCUUUCGUCGCAUUGCUCUUGGUCAGAAUUUCUUUGAUGUGGCAGGAUUGGAGUACACCGCCCCGAAGAUCUGCGAGAGCAGCGCAAAGGCAGCGCUUCCUGCGCAGCAAGCAUCACGGAAACGGGCGAAACAGGCGGCGCCUUUGAAGCAUGCCGACAAGCAGCAGGUGCAGGUGAAAAACAAGGAAGCCAAACACUCCCACGACGUCAAGCAGGUCCAGCGAGCUGACAAAGUGAGGUUGUUGCAGACAUCUCCGUCUGUGUCCCUGCAAGAUUUCACGGAGCACUCCACAACCUGCUACGACCGAGUCGCGACUGACGAAUGGCCAGUUGUUGACGCACAUCUACAUGCGCGGCCUUUCGGGGGUCCGCCUGUUCCUUUCGACCAGUUGAUUGAGAGGCUAAGGCGUGCCGGCAUCCUCUUCGCCAACCUUUAUGGCAUCGGCCAGCGCCUUCCGAUAUCGUCUAAUUGCACCUACUACCUCGACUGUCCGGGCACCCCGAUUCGGCCGAGUUUGAAGAACGACUUCUUCAAUGCUCAAAGUAUCCUGGACAACUACGACACGCUCUCGUCCAACCCGCUUGGGCCUGUGCUCACACCGUCCAUAUCUUUCUUCGACUUGCAUGCGGAUGUCGAGGACAAUCUGAAGAAGCUGAAACUGCUUCAGCAGGAGUUUCCCGGCAUGUUCCGCUGGGUUGGUGAGAUAAACGUCGUGAAGCAGGCGCUUUGGAAGAACGACCAAGGCCUACCUGUCGAUGUGAGUUCUAUCAAGUCUUGGAGGCCUCUUAUGGAUGAGUUGCAGAGACAAGACCUGCCGAUGGCACUGCACAGUGAUUUGGGGAACCAGUCCAAUGGGCUCAUGUUCCUGAACUUGAUGGACGAGAUCCUCAAGUUGUACCCAAAGAACAAGAUCGUGUGGGUCCACAUGGCGGGGCUGUCAAAGCAGCUUGACCCAAAGCUUGCACUGAUCCAGUUGCCGCUAUUGGCCCCACUGACCAUUCAGCACCAUGUGCAGCUCAUUGAAGACCGGUUGGAAAAACAUCCGAACCUGUUCAUCGACUUAUCUUGGGAUGUUCUCUACGACGAAAUCUACGACAACUCCUCGGAGGAAAGGCGGUACGUCGAUCUGCUGAAUGCCUACCCCACCAGGUUUUUGAGCGGCACCGACCACGUGGCGGCAGCUUCUAAGCCGGAAGCUGCAUAUCGAGACGAGCUGGCCAAGACGAGCGUGAUCUACCGCGAGCUCACUGAUGAAGCCUUCAGGAACAUAGCACUUGGAGGGACUUACUUUCGACUUGCACAUUUGCCGUAUCGACCGCCACCCAUUUGUGGCUUGGCUGCAAGUGCAGUACCUGGACUGCUCGUGGCCGUGGCACUUCUGCAGGCAGCUAUCUGGUUCUGA